AUGGUGCCAGAUAAGAUUGAUUUACUUCCCUCUGCUAAAAAACAAAAAGUUGAAAUGAGUGAUGACUUAACAAGUACUAAUCUUGCUCCACUGCUACAAUUACCAUCGGAAAUUCUAACUCACUGUUUCGAAUAUAUGAACGUGAGGGAUUUGACACAAAUUUCCUCUGUUCAUUCCGUAUUGCAUCAAAUUGAGAGGAGCCAAAUAGUUUGGAAGAGCAAGUGCCAAUCCUACUUUUCACUUCCUAAUAUUGUGAUUCAAGAUGCAAAUAAGAUUGUAAUCGGAUCUGGCUUGAAACUUGAACAAUUAUUUGAAAACAUUCCGAAUGAUUGUUUCAAAGCCUUUGAACAAGAAGAUGAAGAGAAAAUUAUUAGACAAAAUGAUCGGUGCAUUGUUGUGUCCAAAUACAAACAUUAUGGAAUUAAUAAUAUUUUGAAAAGAUGGUCGGAAACAAUUGAAUUAUUAUUUACUAAAAUUGGAGGAGGAUUGGAACAAGAAGAUGUAUUUAAAUUGUUAUUCAGAUAUUAUUAUGAAAUGUAUAUUGGCGAAUUGAAUAUUGAUAUUGAGGAUGGAUGCAAGAAGCAUUGUAAAAUGAGAAAAUUGUUGAAUCAAAUGGAGGUUUAUCUUUCUGUUCAUUCUCCACUCAUUGCUAAUAGUAUUUCAUUCUCGGAGGGUCAUAAUUUAUUGGAUUCUAUCGAGGCAAAGAAGAUUAAGCUUUGUGAAAUUGGAACAUGUUUCGAAUACACUCAACUUUACUUGUUAACAGAUGGUCAAUUAGAUUUGAAAAAUAAGAAUUAUGCCUUCUUUGGAGGAUAUGGAUUUUAUGAUUAUCAAGCUCGUUUACCAUUAUUGGGAUUUGACAAUUUGAUGCACUAUUCAGAAAUGUUGAAAAAAUCAAACAAUAUUUGCCUUGCAAGUUCAUAUCCAAUCAUAUUGAACUCUUACUGUGCAGUGUUGUGUGCCUCUCAAGAUAUUACAGAUGAUGUUUUGGAAGUUUCAAUUAAGAAGGGUACUAUCUAUCAAAUGAGUGGUAACAAUUACCCAAUGAUUUUCUCAGAUUCAUUCUCCAAUUGGUUCGAAACCUAUGUCAAUAAUUUGACAAUACUCAAUUUGUUUGAUUUUGAGCCUGAUGGAAGCAUUAAUAGAUUCCCAACCAAGAAUUUUGGUUCAGAAACUACAACGAAUGGAGUUAAGAUUUACUGUCAGUCUCUACUCGUUCCAGAACUUUCUCGAUACUCACCUGAAGAAGUACACUAUUACUUUUCCUAUAGAAUUAAGAUUACAAUGGACAAGAAUGAAAGCACUCAGAAUUCGUGUAAAUUAGUGAGUAGACAUUGGGAGAUUUAUUUAACUUCUGAUGUGCAAAAUGAGACUCCUGAAGUUGUGGAUGGACCAGGUGUUGUUGGAUUGUAUCCAACAGUUACACCAGGAUCAGUGUUUACUUACAAUUCAUGUACAGAAACUGAGGAGGAGAUUGGCUUUAUGAAAGGAUAUUUUACAAUGAAGAAUUUGAAGGAUGGUCAACUGUUUAAUGCAAUGAUUGAUCUGUUUUCAAUAGACAUUAAUAAUCACAUUUAAUAACAUUUAAUUUUGACUAAUACUAUUUAAACAAAAACUAAAAUAAUAAUUAUUAAAAUUGUG